GCUAUUUCUCAGUGAGGCGGCGGCUACUGGGGGACCGGGGCCUUUUGUUUAGAGCAGCUGUGGGGGGCGGGGGCCCCCGGGAGAGGCGAGGCCGGCGGCCUUCCCCAGCUCGCUGGGUCCUGGCCACCCCUCUAGGGGGUUGGGGGACCAACCCCUGGGCCGGCCUCGCCUCGGGCGCUGCCGUCCCGCCCUAGGCCCGCCCUGCCCGCCCCGCCCGGCUAGCUGAAGGGGUGGAACCGGCCGGGCCUCCUCGCAGGGCCUAGCCACCUCCGGAGUCGCCGCCGCCGUCACCACCCUCCGUGCACCGAACGCAGGCUGCCCCUCGCCCCUAAGGCCGUCGCCAUGAAGAUCAAGGACGCCAAGAAACCCUCUUUCCCAUGGUUCGGCAUGGACAUCGGGGGAACGCUAGUAAAGCUCUCAUAUUUUGAGCCUAUUGACAUCACAGCUGAGGAAGAGCAAGAAGAAGUUGAGAGCCUGAAAAGUAUCCGGAAAUAUUUGACUUCUAAUGUAGCGUACGGAUCCACCGGCAUUCGGGAUGUGCACCUUGAAUUGAAGGAUCUAACGCUCUUUGGCCGGAGAGGGAACCUGCACUUUAUCAGAUUUCCAACCCAGGACCUGCCUACUUUUAUUCAAAUGGGACGAGAUAAAAACUUCUCAACCUUACACACGGUGCUCUGUGCUACAGGAGGUGGUGCUUACAAGUUUGAAGAAGAUUUUCGCACAAUUGGAAACCUCCACCUGCACAAACUGGAUGAACUUGACUGUCUUGUGAAGGGCUUGCUGUAUAUAGAUUCUGUCAGUUUCAAUGGACAAGCAGAGUGCUAUUAUUUUGCUAAUGCCUCAGAACCUGAGCAAUGCCAAAAGAUGCCUUUUAACCUGGACGACCCCUACCCACUGCUGGUGGUCAACAUUGGCUCGGGAGUCAGCGUCUUAGCGGUGCACUCCAAAGACAGCUACAAACGAGUGACCGGCACAAGCCUUGGAGGGGGCACCUUUCUGGGCUUAUGCAGUUUACUGACCGGCUGUGAGAGCUUUGAAGAGGCGCUUGAAAUGGCGUCCAAAGGUGACAGCACCCACGCCGACAAGCUGGUCCGUGACAUUUAUGGAGGGGAUUAUGACAGAUUUGGCCUGCCAGGCUGGGCUGUAGCGUCUAGUUUUGGCAACAUGAUUUACAAGGAGAAGCGCGAAUCUGUUAGUAAAGAAGAUCUAGCAAGAGCUACUUUAGUUACCAUCACCAAUAAUAUUGGUUCUGUGGCACGAAUGUGUGCUGUUAAUGAGAAAAUAAACAGAGUUGUCUUUGUUGGAAACUUCUUACGAGUCAAUACUCUCUCGAUGAAGCUUCUGGCGUAUGCACUGGAUUAUUGGUCGAAAGGACAACUGAAAGCGUUGUUUCUAGAGCAUGAGGGGUACUUCGGAGCAGUUGGUGCACUUCUUGGGCUGCCGAAUUUCAGCUAAAGCGUCAGGUUUCUGUCUGCUAAUGUCACCCAGGAGGAACUGAAAACCAGAGGCAUUUUACUGUGUUAUUUGUCACUGGGAACCAAAGGAUGAAAGAGUAGCACUAUUUCUGUUAAUUUUUAAAUGUCAAAACAGUAAGCUGCUAAAUGUUGCCAUAUUACAGCGAGAACUGGGUAACAGGUGAAGUGUUUCCAACUGAAAUGCUUUCCCUUCUGUACAUAGUCAGUGUUAAAUCCUUAAAUGCAAUACAGCCUCUGAUUACUGAGCUUCUCUCAAACAGAUUUUCUAUUUUAUGUAGCCAACAUUGCGGUACUGUAUGCUCAAACACAAAUCUUUAAAGUCUCAGACGUGUUUAGCUCAUGAAAAUAAUUAAUUCUGAGUACGUGUUACAAGUCUGUUCUGUGUGUGCUUUGGUUACUGGUAAGCAGACAGUAACGUACCCUGUAUCAAAAUUAAUCGAAAUGGCAAUCAAAGAUGAUCAUUUCUAUGUGAUUUUGGAAAUGUUAAGGGAUUAUUAAUUAUUCAUUAUCAUAGUUUUCCUAACAUGCCCCCACCAAAAUCAUGUUUUUAUCUUUUCCCAGAAGUACCUUUUACAAAUGCCAUAAUUUAAUUGAAAUAUUGUUCUUAAAUAGUAGUCUUAAUUUCCAACAGAUACUAGAAAAUGCACAUAUUUGGUGGCAUUGCACUUCCUGUAUUUUAUUAGUUAGUACAUUUUAAAAUGCUUAAAACUUUUUCAUUGGAGACUUGAUUCCUUAUUUGAAAGAGCACUUGAUGGGGCCCCGGGAGUGCGCUGGUGGAGCGUGGUCUGCGUGCAUCGGGAGAGGUCUCUCCACACCGCGGGGGUGUCAGGCCCCAGCUCAGUGCUUUCUGUUUAAUCAGGUCCAAACCGUCAGAGCUGAAGACUCAUUUCUGUUGUGAACAGCAGCAAAAUCACAUGUAUUCUAAAUUAAUGGUAUGGAAAUCCAAGAGUUAUUUUGAAACUCUGGAACUCUGACAGUACUGCAGAAUUAUGAAAGAAUCAGUGUUUUGUACAUUCUGGUAAUGAAAGAACUAGAGUUCCAAAAUUUAUAAAUCUCUUUGCCUUAGAAUUUGUUCUCUAUUUUGAAUUAUUUUUUAUACUGUUAUAAAUUUUUCCAGAUUUUCACUUUGGUAGGUCAGCAAAGUUGUGAAACUGUUUCUCAUGGUUUACGAGAUAGGGAGACUUAGGAAAACUAUUCACUUCCUCAAAUUAUCAGUAAAGCGGAAUGUGCUCUGAAGAGCGUGAACGUUGUUUACAUCACAGGAAGAAGUGUCACGAUGUGUUUUCCCACAGAGUCCAGCUCUGCUCCGCAGAGAAUAGUUUCCAGGGGACUGUCAAGAGGUGCUUGAUGAAGACAUUCCUCCUCAGCAUCUCUAAAAUCUGUGCUCAACUGCGUAAAAUUUAGUUUUUUCUACCUAAAGACAUUAACAUGAAUAACUGGGGUGAAUGUGUAGAGGGGAAAGGACGUCCAUGUCAGUUUUUAGAAUUUAGAAUAUUUAGAACUUUGAAUUCGUGUCAAUCAGCUGUCACUUUGAAAACCUACUGCUAAACAUUAAUAUUUCCAUUGUAGCGACCAGAUCAUUCCAGCCAAACGUUAUCUGUUCAGUUUAUUGUAAAAUGUUGUGAUCUGGGCACCUGCACAAAAGGUUUCUUUUGAAGGACCGUGACUUCCCGCCCCGUUCCUGCGGCGCACUGUCCUCCAUCAGCGGCCGCGGGGCGGGGCGGGGCGGCCUGUAAAUGGAGGUGCAGCCAACAUGGCCUCAGCCCGUUGGACCGGCGCUGCUCCAUGUGGGGCUGGGUGCAGACUUCUGUCCCCAAGAACCGCGGCCCUCUAAUUAGAUGCCUGCGCAGCGAGGGCCACCUCGGCCCGCGCGCGCGUGGCUCUUCCCAGGUGUGCUCUGGAAUUGGGGGGGGCCUGCCCAGAGCCCAGUUUUGGAUUCUGAUCUCCAGGGAUUCCCCGAGAGAACACGGCGGUGAGUGGGUUCGGUUCCGAUCCCAGUCAGUGCAGUGCCUCAAGGCUGCUCUUGGACGGUGCUGGUGGAAGUGCAGUGUGAGCCACACGUGAUUUCACACUUUCACACUUACAUUACAGAGACAGGUGAAAUGCAUUUUCAUUGUACAUUUCUAUUUAACUCAGUAUAUCCAGUAUGUUAUUUCAACGUGUAAUCAAUAUUAAAAGUUGUCUAGGAGAUAUUUUACCCUUUUUUUUUUUGUACUUAGUCUUCAAAACCAGUUUGUAUUUUAAUACCUACAGCACAUCUCAGUUGAGACCCGCCACCCAGUUCAAGUUCUCAGGGGCCACACUUGGGCGGUGGCUCCUGUGUUCGUGCCAUUCUAGAGCUAGCUCUUCAAAAGGAACACCAUCACGGGUCCAUGAAAACUUCACGAAUGGGCUUUUAAAAGAAUGUUUGAGAGGGGGGAAAUACGGGAAACUUGUCUUUUAAAAAGAGAAAGGGGGUAGGAGGUAGCUCAUUUGGACUAGUUCACUUUACACAGACAAGCUGUAUUUCUUUUUCUUAUUUUUAAAAAUAUUUUAUUUAUUUAUUUUUAGAGAGGGGAAGAAGGAGGAGAGAAACAUCAGUGUGUGGUUGCCUCUCUCUCACCCCCUACUGGGGGCCCGCAACCCAGGCAUGUGCCCUGACUGGGAAUCAAACCCGCAACCCUUUGUUUUGCAGGCUGAUGUUCAGUCCACUGAGCCAUACCAGCCAGUGCAUGUAUUUCUGACCAUUCCAAAAACUUAUGUCGCAUCCUGGUGGCAUUGGUGAUACAUCUCAGCCUUCCAGCGACAACAAUAGACAACAAUAAAGUUGCCCAGGACACAUUCUGUCUGCCCUCAGCAGGCUCCAGAAUGCACAUUCCCUUCGCUGAAGCAAAUUGGAUGAUGCCAGUGACUUCAGUUUGGCCCCGCCUUACCUAAUUUAAUUUUGAGAAGCCAAUCUUAAGGGAUUAAAAAGAAGCCCUGUUCAUUCUUUGUGGAGCUAUGUACACAAAAGAAAGUCUUGAAUUUUUGGACUUAAUUUUCAUUCUUAAGAACUCAGAUAACAUUUUUCAAAUGCAGGAAGCACUAUCAAUUGUUUUGAGGCUUAGUAAAGGACACAAAGUCUAGAACUUCCCACCAUCGACACCACCCCUCAGAAAAGACAGCCUUUUAACUAGAGACUUCAGAAUGAAUGGCUUUCAGGUCUCCACCCCGACUUCUCCAAAGAGAGUAUCAGUAGACGUGCCCGCCUUUUGACACGGGCAGUUCCUUGGUCAGAUGCUCCAACUUAAAUACGUGGACCCUCAGUAUAGGAAAGUCAGUGCCGUUGCCAACGCCACACGUGGUAACUGACAAUCCUUUUCAGAGGUUCGGAAUAUUUGCCAAAUGUCAGGCUCUGCAAAGGUUGCUGAGUUUCUUGCCUUGGCAUGCAGGUGUGAUUGCCGGACUGUACGUCCUGGCUCCCAAAAGUUUAUUUUCUGUGAGCCGAGUGGUGCGGCCAAGAGGGAGGGUGGCCCUCCGUCCGGCGGUGCUCUGCCUUGACUGCUAAGGCUGCGUUCUCCGGGGGAAUGCCGCGCAGGGCGAGCACUUCCAAGUGUCCUCUGGAAGCACUGUUUGUGAUGGGAAAUUUUUCAUAUUUUAUCAUUUGGGGUGGGGGGAGAAUUGAGCACUUAAUGCUCUUCAGUCUGUUGCAUUUGAGAAUGUAGUUUAGAAAUUCUCCUUUAAAGCCAUGUCAAUACUGAAACAAUAACCACCAGAAAAAUAAGUGUGCAUUAUUUUUCACUUAACUUUCUGUUUUGUAGUGUAUAUAAACAAAGUACUAGAAAUAUAUUGCCUUUUGUAAUAAUACUCUUUGACCUGUUGGAGAUGGUUUGCCAUAAAAUGUCAGCAAUGGCCUGUUUGCCCUAUAAGUUGGUUUAUUUUAAUGCUUUAUUGUAAUACUGAAGGAAUUUGGCCAGCUUUGCUUGUAUCAUCAGAUUAUCUCACAAAAUAAUGUGCUUUAUGCUACCACCUAUUUUCAAUAUUUUAGGCAGUAGUUGUCUUAUAUUUUCUACUGAGCCUGGUAAUCGGCAAGGACCCAAGUAAGUGGGGGUUUUUUUCUUCCUUUAAAGUAUUUUAAUUGCCUAUCUUUAAAAAUUGUGUUGUAGUAAGUAACUCAGCCCAGCUUUUCAGCCAUAUCUAACUUCUGAGUAAUGUCCACUUUCAAAAGUUCAAAUGUCUUGGUAGCGCCUGUGACUUCUGGUGUCUGCCUGUGUGUUCAGUAGGUGGGGUCACAACUUGGUAUUGUGCUAGAAACGGCACCCGUCACUGGUCUAGCUUUGCUAAAUGUUACUGCCUUUCCUUGGAAAAUGAGGAUGUUGAUUUGUUACAAUGGGAUUGUCAGUUAUCAGGUUCCUGGGAAAGACAGUUACUUGCUUCGUUUGUGGCAGCAACUGAAAUAGUCUGAUCACAUAUUAGCAUCAUGUGUUAGAAUUAAUUUCAUUUGUUUGUGUUGAUUGGUACUAGAUUUUGAAUUCCCACCAAACCAGUAGAAUGGUGUCAGUUAUUUCUCACCGUGUUAAGUUACUGCCUGUGAUGGCCAAGUAGACAGAUCUUAAAGCAACACGAAGGGAUAUGUGUAUGUUCCUGUGUGUGUGUGUGUGUGUGUGUGUGUGUGUGUGUAUGCGCGCACACUUUAAUCUGUACAGCUAUCCGGGCUUUUCGUUGUGCUGACUUCAAAACUAUGUGGGCAUUAUAACUUUAUUUACAUUCUGGCUCUUUCUGUAGUCAAAGGUUAGUUUUCUUACACAUUUUCAGCUGCCACUAAUUUGUUUUUUAAAAGAACUAAUGAGGAUUGUAUUUUUCAAAGGAGUAAAUGAAAUUAAAAAUUAAGAUUUUGGAUUAUAUAAGUAUGCAACUACAUUUCAGUUCUGAGAUAGUGUUUUUUUUUUUUUGCUGUUAACAUCUUUCACACAUUGCAGUGCUCACAGUUGGGUAGCUUCUCAAAGGAAGCCUCAGCUUUGACGUAACGCAUACAGGACAAGUGAGGACUGCGGGCAGCUGGCGAUCCGCUUAGCCCUCCACCCCGUCUCUGCACUGGGUGGUGGUUUUGCCUUUCAUCUGUCAGUCAGUAGUUGUCACUGGCACUAUGCCAUUUUAAAAUUUGCCACUUUUUUUACAAGGUACCCUUUUCAGUUUAUAACAUUCAGGAUGAAAGCUAACGUCAUACACCUGACAUCAAUUUACUAGUCUCCUUGUCCAUAUGUAAUGAGUGGAGGUAGAUGUAAAUCAUGUUAAGAUGGUUUUAUCAUGUUUAUACAUUGUGUGCUUUCACUUUUUUUUUUUUUUUUUUUUUACUUUUUAACAAGUUCAUUUGUCUUAAUUCUGCCCAGUCACUGACCAAACCAUACGUAGAUGUCUGUGUGGGUUGAGUUUGCUUACGCAAGCCACUUCCGUGUAAGCUGCCUUACUCUGCCGCGUCGUCGUCCAGUCUGACUGGGCUGUGUCGCGUCGGGACGCUGGCGCCGACCUCUCAUGUAAAGAUGUAUGAUGUGUAACAAACUAAGUUAUAGCCUGUUGUAACCUAUGAAACAUUUCGUGUAAAUUGUCUAAUUUAUUUUUUCAUUUAUGUACAGUUUCUUAUGUAAAUUUUUAAAAUACCUGUGGCCUGUUCUGGAAACAUCUCAUACUCCUUAAUGCUGCUUUGCAUGAAAGACACUUGGGUUUUGCUGGUUCGCAUCGUAUGGCCACCGAGCCAACCUCAGUCUCUGCCUUCUUUUCUGUAGUUUAACUUUUUCUAGUGUCGUUCAUACUCUGAGUCAAUGUUAAAGUCCUGCUUAUUUCCUACUUUCCAAAUAAAUUCUCUAAGUUGUUUA